UUCUUUCUAUUAAUAAACAAUUUUGUGCGACUGUUCGUAGCAUCCAUUGCUGAAUUCUCCAAGCUCUGAGUCUAGUUCUGUACGAUGUUCUCUCUCAAAGAUAUACCCCCCACAGCCUCCACAUUGUUCUCCGCCUAUGCUUCCUUCGCCGCCUCCAUGAUGCUAGUCCGCUCCAUGGCCAACGAGCUCGUCCCGCACCAGCUCCGCUCCUACCUCUUCUCCGCCGUGCGCUCUCUCUUCACCCCUCUCUCCUCUACUCUCACCCUCGUCAUUGACGAGCGCUGCGGUAUGGCCCGGAACCAGGUCUACGAUGCCGCCGAGGUCUACCUCGGCACCAAGAUCAGCCCCUCCAACGAGCGCCUCCUCGUCGGCAAAACCCAACGCCAAAAGAACCUCAGCGUCGCCAUCACGAAGGGCGAGGAGAUCCUGGAUAGGUUCGAGAACAUCCAGCUCAGAUGGCGGUUUGUCUGCAUCGAACCCAAGAACCCGUACUCCAACGAGCAGCGUUGGUUCGAGCUGAUCUUCAACAAAAAAUUCAAAGACAAGGUGUUCGACUCUUACCUCCCUCAUGUUCUGCUCAGAGCCAAAGCCAUUAAAGAGGAGGACAGGGUAGUGAAGCUUUACAACCGUGAGUGCCCAUUUGGCGACGAGGAAGGAGGGGGCCGGGGCAUGUGGGGGUCGAUCAAUCUGGAGCAUCCGGCCACAUUCGACACCCUGGCCAUGGAUCCCGAGCUCAAAAAGGCCAUAAUUGACGACUUGGACAGGUUCUUGAGGGGGAAGGAGUUUUACAAAAGGGUGGGAAAGGCUUGGAAGAGAGGGUAUUUGUUGUACGGCCCUCCUGGUACUGGCAAAUCGAGCUUGAUCGCUGCCAUGGCUAAUUACCUCAAGUUUGACAUCUAUGAUUUGGAGCUAACCAGCAUUUACUCCGAUUCCGAUCUGAGAGGGGUCUUGUUGUCCAUCACCAAUAGGUCUAUUCUGGUCAUUGAAGAUAUAGAUUGCAGCGUGGAAAUGCAGGGUUGGAAAAAUCAGGAUGCCCACCAUGAACCUUCUCAGACCAAGUUGACAUUAUCGGGUCUACUAAACUUCAUUGAUGGUCUGUGGUCGAGCUGUGGGGACGAGCGAAUCAUCGUGUUCACGACCAACCACAAGGACCGGCUCGACCCAGCCUUGUUCCGUCCCGGCCGGAUGGACAUGCACAUCAACAUGUCAUACUGCACCAGCCGUGGGUUCAAGCUCUUGGCCUCUAACUACCUCGGUGACGGCGCUCACCGCCGCGACUGCCACCACCUGUACGCAGAGAUCGAAGGCCUGAUAGACAGCACGCAGGUGACCCCAGCCGAGGUUGCCGAAGAGUUAAUGAAGAGCGAUGAUGCCAAUGUUGCUUUCCAAGAGCUUGUGAGUUUCCUCAAACGCAAAAAGGAUGAAAGCGAGGAGAUUAAAGAUGAUGUGCGGACUAACAAGAGUGAAGAAGAUCAUGAGGCAAAGAGGUUGAAAACUAAUUGUAAUGUGAAUGGGUUCGUUAGGAACAAAAUCAGGGGAAGAGGUGGAAUAUUUGAAAGAGCAGCAAGAGGCCGGGGAUUAUAUUCAUUCCACCAGUAUGAAAUGUGAGUGUAUUUCGGCCAUCUAUUUCUUGAAUAAAAAAAUAAAAGAAAGAGAGAAAUAUUUUGUCAAUAAAAAGAUAUUUUAAGAUAUGAUUUUAAGAAA